CUACCCAUUACACUUCAUUUGGGUCCAAGUCGUAUUCCAAAACUCCUUCCAAUCUUUAUCGUAUCCCUUAACGUCAUAAGAAAGGCAAACCAAACACUCCAAUAACUUUUGUGUUUUGGCUUUAGCCAAAUACAAGUAAUUGAACAACUAAAAGAUGCCACUAAAAAUGGAAACUUUUAGGAAUGUGACCAACUUGAAGUCUUGAACAGAAGAACCACUAGAUUUCGAAUCCUUACAAGAUAAACGAUAAUCCAAUGACAUUAGUGUAUAAUGCACAUACAAUCUGGACUCUUACAUCUCAAGAUCUGCUAUGUUCUCCACUUGAAUCUUAAGAGGAGAAAUCUUACUCCAUGCUUAUAAAGAAUAACUGUUACCAAGACAGCAACACAUGAAGAUGGAGGAGGAAAAGGAGUUGAAGCUCUUAGGUACAAAGUUAAGUCCAUUUAGCUGGAGGGUUAGAUGGGUAUUGAAACUGAAGGGAAUUGAAUACGAGUUUAUAGAGGAAGAUCUAAGAAACAAGAGUCCAUUGCUUCUUUCGUCGAACCCGGUUCAUAAGAUGGUUCCUGUACUCAUUCAUGGUGGCAAAGCCAUACCUGAGUCGAGGAUUAUUAUCUUGUACAUAGAGGAGACAUGGAUGAAGAAUCCUAUAUUGCCCUCAGAUCCAUAUGAGAGAGCACAAGCACUUUUUUGGGCUAAAUUUGCAGAUGAGAAGAUUCAUAUGGCUUUCAGUUCUACUGGAGAUGAUCAGGUGAAGGCUGUAGAAUCAGCAACAGAGGCUUUAGAAGCACUUGAAGGAGAGAUUAAGGGGAAGAGAUUCUUUGGAGGUGAGAGAAUUGGGUUUGCGGACAUUGUGGUUGGUUGGAUUGCUUAUUGGUUAGAGAUGGUAGAAGAAGCUGCUUGUUUCAAGGUGUGGAAUUCCAAGAAUUUCCCUUCACUUCAUUCAUGGAUGAACAACUUUUUGGAAGUUAAUGUCAUUAGGGAGAACCUUCCCCCUCGUGAUGAUUUGCGGGCCUUCUUUCAUGAUCUUCGGCAAGUUAGUGUGAUUGACUCAAGAAAUUAAGACCAUGCAUGAUAACACUUCUGCUUUUGCGUUUUCUUUUUUUUGUUUGUAAGAACAAAAAAAUAAUAAAAAUAUGUUUGUUACCACC